AUGCCGGGUAAGACGAGCAAGUCGAGCGAGGGUCUCGCAAACCGAGCCCUUCUCGACAAGAUGGAUAAGCUCAGAGAGCUCGGAAUCUCCGACAUGGUUCCGCUUCCUCAGCUGGUCGUCGUUGGUGACCAAAGCGCAGGAAAAUCGAGUGUUCUUGAAUCCCUCACAGGAUUUCACUUCCCUCGCAACGUCAGCCUCUGCACUCGACAUGCCACUGAGAUUAUUUGUCGUCGGGAAGAGACCAGAAAUAUAGUCAUAUCCAUCCACGCGGUAGACGCCGACAAGGACGAGGCUCGGUCGUUUCGUCGUACCGUUGAGAAUCUUGAUGCAAAGGAAUUCGGCCAGAUCUUCCAAGAUGCCGCCAAGGUCAUGGGUAUCAGUUCAGCCUCGAAUGACGACUCUGAGCCAGAUAACAAAUCAGCUGGCUCAGCGUUCAGUCGGGAUGUUUUACGAGUUGAAAUCAGCGGACCUGACGAAGAUCACUUGACCGUGAUUGAUGUCCCAGGAAUGUUUGAGAACGAAACUCCCGGCCAGACUACAAAGGCCGACAUUGAUCUCGUGAAGAACAUGGUACGGAAGUACAUCAACGAAUCACGAACCAUUAUCCUUGCUGUUGUGCCAUGCACCGUCGAUAUUGCGAACCAAAAGAUCCUGACCUACGCCAAAGAGGCUGACCCUGAUGGCAAGAGAACCCUUGGUGUUCUCACCAAGCCCGAUCUUGCUGUUGAAGAGGCUACUAAGGGUGUUGUAGUCGACCUUGUUCUUGGCAAGCGUCGCGAUCUCCAGCUUGGUUACUGCAUCGUCAAGAACCGCGGCGCAGAUGAUACCUCAUCCAGCCCCAAUGAUCGCAAUCUUAAAGAGCGAACCUUCUUUUCCGAGUCGCCCUGGACAAAGCUCCCUGCCGAUAGGGUCGGUAUUCCUGCCCUUAAGACACGCCUAGGCCAACUACUCAUGGAUCGCACCAAGAGCGAGUUCCCAAAGGUUCGCACGGAACUCACCACCAAGCACAAAGACUGCGAGACGCUGCUCAAGUCGAUGGGCGAGGCGCGCAGUACCGAGGCGCAGCAACGAGUAUAUCUUGGACGUGUGGCCGCUCAAUUUGCGCAGAUCAAGACCUUUGGUCUCGACGCUUAUUACACACGGCACGAGAUUUUCGAGAACGAGGAGCUGAAGCUCAUCACUCGCAUUCGAGAAAUAAACGAGGGUUUCGGAAAGGUUCUCUAUGAAAGAGGACAUACGCGAAACUUCUUUGAAGUUGGGAAGAAGCGAAACUUAUUCAGCAUUUGGGAGGCAUAUGACCCAGAUGAGAAGCCGACUUCGCUUGCUGAUGAUCCAGACUCUGGAGAUUUUGACUAUGAGAAAAGUAGAGCAGAUCUAUAUGACAACGCGACUUUUCCCAUCCCAGUGAUGGGCGAGGAUGACUUGGCGGACGAUAUCCUCUAUGAUCCCUACCAAUGCCCCCAUCCUGAGGACGGAGACAUCCUGACAUAUAUCGAAAAUGAGUAUUUGACUUCACGAGGCUAUGAGAUUGGAACGUUCAGUGGUGAGAUGUUGCCCACGACCUUCAAGGAACAGACCAAGAAAUGGGGGCCCAUGACUCGAGCCCACGUCUCCAACGCCAUCCUAAUUGUCCACCAUUUCAUACGCACCGUCCUCGACUCUUGCUGUCCAGAUGAACCUAUCCGUGAAGAACUGUGGUCAUUCCUCCUCGAUGACCUACAGGGACGCUACCGUCGCGCGGUCGAACACGUGGAGUUUCUGUUGAAGGUUGAAUUUGAGGGCAAAAGCAUCACGUACGAUCCCACCUUCAAUGAGGCCUUGACCAAUCUCAAGUUCGCCCACGCGAAAGGCCUCGGUCAAGAAGUCGAGAAGUCGAUCAAUGCGAUUCCUGAAGGAGAGCGCAAUCUCCAGCGGAUAGCCCAAAAAGCUCGUCAGCUUAUUGACAACCGCCUUGAGAACGAAGAAAUUCUCAAGACCACGCGUCGAGAUAUUCACAACGUCCUCCAAACAUUCUACAGCAAUGCACGUGGUCGAUUUGUCGACGUGGUUUGCCAGCAGGUCAUCGACCACUUUCUUCUGCACGCCCCGGAUGGCCCUCUCGCCGUCCUCUCUCAAGACGUGGUUAUUCACAUGAAUGCAGAACAGCUCGAGACCAUCGCCGGGGAAGAUAUGCUUAGCAAAGACCGCCGCGAAAAGGUCACCCGCGAUCUCGCUAAUCUGAAGGAAGCCAUCAAAGUUCUUCGUGGCUGA